UACAUUUCUUUUAUAUUUUUAAUAGCAAUUCAUCGUAGUGAACCAUCCUUGUAACGAUGCUUGAAUCAGAUCUGUAUGGAGCAGCGCCAGAAGUUGUCACUGCUGCUGAGGAGAAGAGUGAGCUGUCCAGUAGACAGUUCAAGAGUAACAAUCCGUUUCUUCAGAACGAGACACAAUCAUCACCCCAACCCUUGAUUGAGGAUCGGGAGGUGAGCAAGUAUCCGUUCAAGACAUUGAACCGGAUCCUCAAUGACAUCAAGUGGAGUAUCCCGAUGCGGAAUGAAAUGUCCAUCUUGAACGAGGCACCAAUUGUGUAUUCACGGAGACUCACAACGUUAGCCAAAAGCAAUGCGCCGCCACAUGGUUGCUUGAUAUUGAACAAUUCUUUCAAAUAUGCUCCAUCUCACGAGACUAUUGGCGUUGGCUCAGAGCGAACCUUGACGGUCAUCAGGGGGCUUCUCCCACAGUCCGAUAAGCAAACGGGUCAUUUUGAGAUCAGAAUUUUGGAAUUAAACAAGAAAAGAGAUAUAAAUCAUCCAGUGGAUAAAAGAGAAUACCAUAUCAUUCCCGAGAGUGACGUUUCUGUGGAUGUGAAGAAGAUGUUUGCCAACGAUCUAGUGGAGAAGGAUGAGUUGAAAGAGGACCAGUUGAAAGAAGAGGUGGAUCCACUAGUUAUCACAUCCUACUUUAAGGCAACCUCUACACCCAAUGAUCAUUUCAUUUCAGUUAAAGUGUUCCCCAAUGAGUUCACCUCUGAGGAACUUUUCCCCCUCUACAAUCAAAAACAGAUCACAGAACGAUACCUUGCGUCAGUCAAUCUGUACCCAGAUGCCAAUCUUUCACCGGAAACGAUCCCAACGCCAAUCAAUUGCUUCAACACACUUCUCAAGGUGCUUAGGGGCCCCGUGCUUAUUGGGCCAGAAGACCAGACGAAAACAAUUAAUAUCAACAACCCUCUGCUCAACUCUCAAAUCGAUAUCUCUUUACUUUUCGAGAAGCUUUCAUUCACCACCAACGAUGAAGAAUUGAUACCUCCAUCACUUGUAAACCAACCAAAGUUACGUGAUCUGUACAUUCGAAAGAUCUUGGAAAUCAUAUACUUGGCUCAUAGAUUACCGGGUACCAAUGAUUUCACCAACUCUAUUCUGUUCAGUGACAACUUGUCGUUGGUAUACCGGACAUUCAACGAGGUAAACCAACACUUGGCACAACUGUUUGGGAACAACGAGGUGGACAACCAAUUGCCCUUUUUGGUGGACUUGAGUGUAUGCUCAUACUUCCAAGAUGAAGUGAUUGUCAAAUGUUUUGAAUCCACAGUCAAGAGCGAUUUACCAAAUAAAUUGAAAUAUGUCGAUGAUUUGAAGGCAGUGAUUGGAUAUAGAAGUUCAGGAAGAGGAGGUGAACGAUUAAAUAAUUAUUAUAAAAACUCUGGCUUGAUAGGUUGGACCGAUUAUGUGAGUGCUAUGGAGAAAUUCGGAUUGGAUGUUCUGAUGGGACAAGCCAUCGAUGACCAAUUGGUGAUUGAAAUGUAUCGGGUAUCAUUUCAAAAGGAUUCUAAAAACUACAACUACUACAACAAAUUGUUGAAGACCAUUGCUAUUGCAUUGGAUUCUGAAACUAUUUAUUCCUUUCUUAAUCAAGAAAUCUUGCCCCUCACUCUUUCCUUGGAGGAAUUGGCCAUUGAAGAAGUGACUGAAGAUGAAGUGGUGAUUACUGCAUAUGAGUUCAAGAAGGAGGACCUUUUAUCUGCCAAUGGGUACAAAUUGAAUGCCGAUGAAGUGGUAUUUUUGAACAAGGCCCUACUUUCCGUGGCGGUCAAUCGGAAAAGUUACCUAUUGAUGAGCUAUGUGGAAGAAAAAUUACCGGAAUUAUUACAAUUACGUACUUCCAUUAAAGAUUCUCCAUUUUCAAUCUUGGGCUGUACCAACAAUAGUAAUGAUUUUGAAAUCAUUGUAGCAUAUCAAAAGAAACUUGUGGAAACCACUGACAAUGAAAAGUUUCUUGCCCUUCGUCAAGCUCUUGUUGUGUUAUCUAAGCAGCUGAAAAUCUUGCAAGGGUUCAUUCAAACGGGUCAGGUUGAUGUUGGGUUACUUCCACCUGAGAAUUGGCCUGCUGGAUUGGAUAAUAUUGGGAACACAUGUUAUUUGAAUUCUUUAUUACAAUAUUAUUUCUGUAUCAAACCUUUGAGGGAUAUGAUUUUGAAAUUUGAUGGCACUGCUGACAUUGGUACUCGGAAAAUCGGUGGUAGAAUUGUUGAAGAGUCAGAAAUCAUUAGAGCAAACCAAUUUGUAUUCCAUUUGAAAAAAUUGUUCUAUGAUAUGAUUCAUAGUGAUAAACGAUGUGUUCAACCCAGUAAAGAAUUGGCAUUUUUGGCAUUUUUACCAAGUGGACAACCAGUUGAGUUUAAGGGGACAAAGGAAGUUAUUGAGAUUUCAGAUGAUGAAAUGAAAGGUGAGGAAGAAGUGAAGGAUGACAUAGAAGUAGAUGAAGAAGCAUCAGAAUCGGCUCCAAUUGUCAUAAGAUCCGAAUCACCUAGUCCCAUUGAGAACAAUGAUGAUAUGGAUGUGGAUAGUAUUGAAAUUGUUGAGAAGGAAAAUGUUCCAGAAGAGAAAACAACAGAGACUUCAGAUGUCUUGUUCUCGAUCCCCUCGGAUGUUAUGGACUCUACGAUUGAAAUGGGACGUCAACAGGAUGUCACUGAAUGUAUUGAAAAUGUCACAUUCCAAAUAGAAACUGCAUUAGAACCACAAUCACUUGAAGAAGAUGGAGAACAAUAUGAUCUCAUCAAGCAACUUUUUUUCGGGAAAACUAAGCAAACCAUCACGCCUUUGACUCCAGGUGCGAAACAAAGAACUGCAGUGGAAAGAUUCUCAUCGUUGAUUAUCAAUGUUAGUGAUCAUCCCAAUGAUAUUUAUGAUCUGUUGGAUAGUUAUUUUAGUGAAGAUCUGGUUAAACUUGAAGAGGGAGAAGUCAAAAAAUCACUCACUGUUUGUGAAUUGCCACAAGUUUUACAAUUCCAUGUACAAAGAGUCUUGUUUGACCGUGAACGUUUAGUUCCAUACAAAUCUUUGGAACCAAUCCCAUUCGGUGAAACCAUCUACGUCGACAGAUACUUGGAUACUGAGGACCCCGAAAUUCUUAGAAGAAGAAAUGAAGUGUUUCAAUGGAAAUCUGAAGUUUCUCGUUUGAUAGCAAAGAGAGAAGAAUUAACUAAAAAGGAAGAUGGUCAAAUGACAAUCAUUGAUACAUUGGUGAGUGCCAAAAGAUAUUUUGAAAAAAUUCGUGAUGAAUCCAAUGAUCCAGAACUUUCAAUCAACCCUUCUACAAUUGAAGCAAUUCAAACCAAAAUUGAUGUCUUUACUCAGGAAAUUAAGACUAUUGAUUCAAGGUUAGAAGAGCUUAAACACCUUGUUUCUAAUCAAUUCCGUGAGUACACCCAGGUUGGUUACUCUGUGUUUGCUAUCUUUAUCCAUCGUGGAGAAGCCAGUUAUGGUCAUUAUUGGAUCUACAUCAAGGAUCCAAAAAGAAAUAUUUUCCGUAAAUACAACGAUGAAACAGUGACUGAAGUUCCAUUAAGUGAAGUUAUGAACUUUGCUGAUGGUAACACAGCAACUCCAUAUUACAUUGUUUAUGUGAAGGAUGAGCUUGAAGAGGAGUACAUUGAGCCAUUGAAAAGAGUUAUAGCAUGUAGUCAUUAGUUAAUAAAAGCAUACAUAUAA